AUGGAGAACCGGACUGAAGUGCAUGAGUUCAUUCUCCUGGGUCUUACAGAUGACCACAGGGAGCGGUACACUCUCUUUGUGAUGUUCCUGCUGCUCUACUUGGGUGGUUUGCUGGGAAAUGGAGCCAUUCUGGCUGUCGCUAUAGCUGAGCCUCGACUCCAUACACCUAUGUAUUUUUUUCUAGGCAAUCUGUCCUGCCUGGACAUCUGCUACUCCACUGUUACGGUGCCCAAAAUGCUGAAUGGCUUCUUAACAGAACACCAAGCAAUUUCUUUCAUUGGAUGCCUGGUUCAGUUGCAUUUCUUUUACUUCCUGGGCAGUGGUGAGGGCAUCCUUCUGGGGGUUAUGGCAUUUGAUCGCUACGUGGCUAUCUGCAACCCUCUGCGUUACACAGUCAUCAUGAAUAAAUUGACUUGCCUGCUGCUAGCUGCGGCCACCUGGACUGCUGGCUUUUUUCAUGCCUUGAUGCAUACUAUGGCGACCUCUCUGUUACGGUUCUGUGGCCCCAAUCAUGUUCAGCACUUCCUCUGUGAUAUCAAACCUCUGCUAAAAUUGGCCUGCAGUAGCACCACCCUCAACCUCAGCCUCCUUAAUAUUGUGACUGGCUGCAUUGCUAUGGGUGGUUUCUUCCUCACUCUUUUCUCCUACUUGUACAUCAUUUCCUUCCUCUUCUUCAAAGUCCAGUCCUGGAAGAGCCGUUGGAAAGCCUUCUCGACUUGUGCCUCCCACCUGACGGUUGUGGCUCUCUUGUAUGUUCCAGUUCUUUCCAACUACUUGCUUGCAUCCGUUGGGGAAUCUUCUAAAAGAGAGAUGAUCAUCACUAUAUUGUACAGUGUGGUCACUCCAGUUUUGAACCCUCUGAUCUACACAUUGAGAAAUCAAGAGGUAAAAUCUGCUCUGAAAAAAAUCUUCAGCCGAAAACAUUUGUUUGGAAGGAUAUGA